AUGGGGCUGCUCUCCACAGCCUCGGAAGCUGGGAGGGGCACAUUCUACGCCUCACCCGGUGAUCCUCAGCUUCUGUUCUUCACUUACCUCCCCGAACCUCUGCUCCUCACCUGUAAAGCACAGGCCUGCUAUUACAAUGAAGACACGGGAGCACCUCUCUUUGCCGCAUUCUUCGAAGACCAAGCUGAGGUGAAGAGGGAACAUGGGAAGCAAUUCCUAAGAUAUCUAAGAAGACGUGAGUGUAAAAUCUGCCUUCCGGUGAUUAAGAGGCCUGAUAUAGAUAACUGGGCAACUGGCGUAAAGGCUCUAGAGUCUGCUCUGGAGAUGGAGAAAGAGUUAACCAAGCUUCUGCAAGACCUGAAGAAUAAUGCUUAUGAGAAGAGUGAGAAGGAACUUGUACGCUUCCUGGGAAAGUACCUGGAUAAACAGAAGAGGAACACAAGCUAUCUGGAACACCAGAUUGUAUAUCAUAAGCAUGAAGAAAAGAAGGCCCAGCAGAAAGAAGACCCAUUUAAAAAGCCAGCUGAAGUGUCAGGUAAAGACUAACAUCUGAAGGCAACAAAGCAAGUCUUCCCACUGCAGUAGAUCCCCAAAUCAGCUACUUAAGAAUCUUAAUCUUCUCCAUUGGGCAGAAGACUGCUUUUCUUCAUUGUUGUGUAUACAAAUAAAUCUGUUUUUGCAUUAUAA